CCCUGCCAGUCGCCCGGGCAGCCUCAUUCCUCCAGGAUGACGGGCCCGUCGCCCCUUCUCACCCUGCUGGCCUGGGCGGCCAGACUACUCCUCCUCCUCCUCCUCCUCCUCCCUCCCCCAGCCACCGGCAAGGCCGUGGUCCGGGCCUCCACCCCGUCCGCGGCCCACCGGGUCCGCCGGGCGUCGGGGCUGCCGUCGGAGGCGGAGAUGCUGCCUGGGCCGGGGCCGGAGCCGCCGGGGGCCGAGCCGCUGGCCCGGGCCGUGGGGCGCCUGCUGGAGGCCGGCCGGCUGCGGGAAUGGGAACAACGACGGGAACAGGAAGAGCGGGAACAACGACGGGAGCGGGAGGCGCGCUACCUGUCCGGCCUGCUGCGGCUGUGGAGUGAGCUGGCUCCCGGGCCCCCCGAGCCCGACUACGAGGACGGCGGCCCGGGGACGCUGCUCCUCGGCCGCUACCGGACGGACGGAGGCCCGGCCGGGGCGGGAGCGGAGGAGCCGGCCUUGGACGACGACCUGGACCCCGAGCUGCUCCGGUACCUGGUAGGCCGCAUCCUGGCGGGCCUGAGCGAGCCCCCGGCCCCGCACGCCGCCCAACCACGGGACCCGCGGCCCCGCCGCCUCCGCCGAGACCUGGAGCCCGACCGGCCCGAGGCGCUGCUGCGAGUCAAGCGGCUGGACGGCGGCCAGGAGCCCGGGGGAGCCCGGCCCGGAGGCUUCGUCCGCGCCCGGCCCGCGCGGGGCCUGCCCUACCGCCCCCACUGAGGCCCGGGGGCCCGGGGACACCUCCGCCGGGGACCGCCAACCCAGGAGGAGGAGGAGGAGGAGGACACGAGCGCUCGGUCCAGUCCUCCCACCCCCGUCAGGCCCCUCUCUCUCGGCCGGCCCGCUCCCCCGUGUGUGCGUUUGUAUGUGUGUGUGUCUCACCCACCGUGCGUGUCCAGCGCCUGACCAGUUUGCUGUCAAUAAAACAGCCCAACAGGUAUUUUA